GAUAAAAUUAUUCUACUUAUAUAUAUAUAUAUAUAAUCUGCAUGUAAUUAUGAUGUGAUGAACUGAUGAGAAACAGCUGAUCUUAAAGCUGUACAGCCAUUCAUAGUUUCACAUUUUCUUCUAGGUCUGGCUGUAUCUAAUGUAGGGCAAACAUUAUGUUGUCAUACUGGUCACCCAUUUGCCAAAAUGCAGGCACAGAUUGGGGACAAGCAGCAAACAGAAAAUAAAAGACAGUGCAUGAAAUAUAAAAAGAUCAUCACUCCAUUUAUAUGUGCACAUUUGCUGUAUGAAAGUGUGUGACUGGACUCCUGGACUGUUUGAAGCUUGUUGUGUUCUGGCGACUGAAAAAUUGAUCUCUCCCCCCCAUCUGUUAUUACAUUUGACUGACUUUGCAUAAAUCAGCAUCUCGAUUUCUAAUUCCUCGUAGUUAACUGAUGAGGCCAAAGGCUGAGGAGUUUGGAACGGGACUGCUGCUGCAGUGCGAGUCGUUUCUCCUUCUUAACCGCAGGAUUAAUGUUUUGAAUGUGAACGUGUGCAUGGGCCGCGCUUUGCCACAGGUCAUUAUGUACACAGGCAAGUGCACAAAAGCAAUUUGGAUUCAAUAGCUCUCUGAAAAUCACAGUUGCUCGAGUGAUGGUUUGUAUUCAUGCUGUAUUGUUGCCCUUGUUCAGAGCUGUUCGGUCUGAGACCAGACAAGAAUGACGGUUCAGUUUUGUUUGUAAUGAGCAUCUUGACACAGUCGUCGCUCAUAACCUUUCAAAUGUCAUUUUUUUUCAGAGUGAUGUAAUGUUAUGUGACAUUAUUUAAGAAUAAAAGCACCGUGUUGAAUGUAAGAUAAUGGAAGUCUCCCAGGUGACAUUUAUGGACAUUAACAGAGAUUUUCUGGUGUUGUGUUUGUCAUCAAAGCCUGCAGUGGGACCCAGUGCAGCCUAUGGGUGUCAGUGUUUUGGAGCUAUGCUUGACAGUUGUACAGUACACUGGGAUUUAUAUGAAAUUAAUAAAUGUUUUGGUGUUGUGUCUGCAGCAUAGCUCAUUAAAUGUCCUCCUUCAGCUGUCUAACAACUGUGAAAGGGCCUUUUGAUGGUAUUAUUUUGACUGGAUGUCAGUUUAAAUUCAGCUCAAAGUGUUCGUCUGGCAAACCGUGCUGUUAUUGUUUUGGAUAGAUUUGUCCCACAAGCUGGCUAUCGAGUGAAAGGAACAAGCAUUCAUUUUGGUGAGGCAACAGCAGUAAUUUGCUCGAAAAACACUGUGGGAGGGAUUAAUUUGUUGCACUUUUGUAUGUGGCUUGUUCAAACUCCCAAAAGUAACUUUAUUUAUUGUUCACUUUUGGUUUGCUGUCAUGGUGUCUGCAUGGAUAGAGGCUUUUAAUCAAGACUGUGUAAUAGAAUCUACAAGAAUAAUCAGUGUUAGUUAUACAGCACCAUUUAAAAAUAGUAAAAAAAAAUAUAUUUAACAGUAUUAUUAAAUCCAUGUAAAUGAAAGUACAGAGAAUUGCAUCAAAUUAAAGAUGCAGCCACAAGCUAAGAUAAAUGAGAGAAAUUAAGGACAAUAGGCCACUUUGUCUUUCCUUAUUUAUUUAAUUAAUAUAUAGAAAAAUACUCCUAUUAAUAUGGUGAUGGCUUUCACCAUUUGCAUUCUGAUGGUCACACCAAAGAGAACCUAAAGAAACGCCAUCAGUUCAGUCUUAUUUUUGUUUUUAUCACAAAGGACUCGCUCAACAGUCUGACAUUUUCAAUGAUCAAUACCCUUCUCCUUUGUAUUGUUGUUUUUUGAGAUCGUUUCAGAUGUUUUCAGCUGUUGCCACCAAAGAAUCAGUUGCCUGGUACAAAAAAGCAAAACUUAAAGCUUCAGAUUCUACAUUAUGAUCUAUAAGAUUCAUGACUUUAUAAGCAACAAACAAAGGUACAGGUCUAUUGGCAGAAAUGGAAUAUUAUACCUAAAACGAGAAAACAACAAACCCAUUGUCACCAUAUUCUUCUUUUAAAGUCCUCUGUUACCAGCUGCUUGCUCAAAUGGAUGUAGGAGGACUUUGUAGGGUCAGAACCUUGUUUUUUUUGCAUUGUUUGAUAUUUAAAUUGUCGGUUCUUAACCCCAUUGUUCAAAUUAGUCUGUUUUAUCUACAUCAGCAAUAAUAUUUUAUGGUCUUAAUAUUAAACUUCUCCGAUAUAUUUGAAAUUCCACUCCUGUUUUACUGUUGAAAAGCACUCAAUGUGUGUGACAUCUCCCUUUUUGAACAAACCUCUGCUCACUUAAAACCAGCGUGAAAAGCUCAGACAAAAGCACAAGUAAUCAUCUUCAGCUUGACGCAGUGUGACAUAUUGUUGGAGACUGGGAGACAAAUGAGUGAAUUACACCUCAACACUCUGCACCAGCAGCCGUGACUCAGACAGCAGAGUGGCUCUUCCACUAAUUGCGUCUCUGGCAAUUUAAAUUUCCCGAGUUUUGACAUUGAAAACCUCUUGACACUAAAGCACAAGUUGCUUAUUAUGGCCUGACCAGUGUAAAGCAGUAUGUAUGUGAAUGGGAGACCCAAAAUAUCCAAAGACAUAUGUGUGUUGUGUGAUGUUACUCAACUUGCUGCUAUGACCCAUACAGGUUCAAGUGUUGAGGUGGAUAAGCUAAUAGCCUCAAAUUAUAAAUGUAUUUGGUUAUAUAGCAAGAGAAAAGCAAAAAGAAAUGUUUCUUCAACUUACAAUAUUGUUCAAAAGUUUGCAGUCACUUAUAAAUGUCCUUAUUUUUGAAAGAAAAGCAGUUAUUUUUUUAUCAAUGAGGAUAACAUUAAAUGAGUGAGAAAUACAGUCUAGACAUUGUUAAUGUGGUAAAUCACUAUUCUAGGUGGGAAUUUUUAAUGGAAUAUCUCCAUAGGGGUACAGAGGAAGCUGUCCAGCAACCAUCACUCCUGUGUUCUAAUGCUACAUUGUGUUAGCUAACGGUGUUGAAAGGCUAAUUAUGUUAGCACAUGAAUAAAAGUCUAAGCUUUCAUGGAAAAACCCCAAGCUUUUGAAUGGUCGUGUAUAUCUGACAUUUACAAACAGAUGCUUUCCUGUGUCUUCAUGUUCUGGCCAUAUUUAAUUGGUUCAUGAGCAGAGGCAAAUUCUGUUCCACCCCACAGUUUGGAAGCUAAGCCUAGAUUUUUGCUGUGUCUUGAAGCCUUGGACUCAGCUUUCAUUCUGGUGUCCGAUGUCAAAGGUUAAAGAGAGGCUGUGAAGCUGUCAGACAGGGAUCAGGUGGUCAGCUGAGUUAUUUGGGAGAAAUGUGACACAGCUGAGCUUCGAGCCAGGUACCAUUUGGUAGAAAAUGAUUCUCAGUCAAACACUGCAUAACACUUCUCCCUCUUGCCCCUCGUAUUUCUUCUUCUUCCAACUAUUCCUGCAUUCUUCCUCCUCAUCCUUCCUUUAUAUUUUCCUUCUUUCUCUCUCUCUCUUCACCCUCUGGUUCUUUCUCCAUUCAGCGCUGAGGUCUUGGGUGUCCGAGUUCUCCCAUCCGGGGGUGAAAGAUUUCUCCCAGCUCGCCAUGGACCUGAGCAGAAACCAGCUCGUUGUCGGAGCAAGAAAUUUCCUGUUUAGACUGAGUUUGAACAACGCCUCCCUCAUACAGGCAACAGAAUGGGCACCAGAUGAAGAAACAAAGCGUUCAUGUCAGAGCAAAGGCAAAUCUGAGGACGAAUGUCAAAACUAUAUCCGGGUUUUGUUGAUAAGUGGCAGGACGCUGUUCACGUGUGGGACCAACGCUUUCACCCCCGUCUGCAUUACCAGGCAGGUUUCUAACACCAGUCAGGUGUUGGACACUGUAAACGGCGUUGCCCGAUGUCCCUACGACCCGCGCCACAACUCCACUGCCAUGGUAACAGAAAAGGGCGAGCUGUAUGCUGCCACGGUGAUUGAUUUCUCCGGACGUGACCCAGUCAUCUACAGGAGCCUGGGGAACAUGCCGCCACUGCGCUCCGCCCAGUACAACUCCAAAUGGCUCAACGAGCCACAUUUCGUGUCCGUUUACGAGAUUGGUCGAUUCGCCUACUUCUUCCUGAGAGAAACUGCUGUUGAGAACGACUGCGGAAAGAUGGUGUUCUCUCGAGUGGCCCGGGUGUGUAAGAACGAUAUGGGUGGACGUUUUCUUUUGGAAGACACCUGGACCACCUUCAUGAAGGCCCGCCUCAACUGCUCACGCUCAGGAGAAAUCCCCUUUUACUACAACGAGCUGCAGAGCACCUUCUACCUACCGGAGCAAGACCUGAUUUAUGGCAUCUUUACCACUAAUGUGAACAGUAUAUCAGCUUCUGCUGUGUGCGCCUUCAAUCUGAGCUCCAUCACUCAGGCCUUCAAUGGACCCUUUCGCUACCAGGAGAACCCUCGCACUGCUUGGCUGUCCACGCCAAACCCCAUACCCAAUUUUCAGUGUGGCACGUUGGAGGAGGGCGGCCCUGGAGGAAACCUGACAGAGCGCAGCCUUCAGGACGCUCAGCGACUCUUCCUCAUGAACGAUGUGGUCCAGCCGGUCACCGUCAACCCCCUGCUCACCCAGGACAACCUGCGCUUCUCCAAGCUGGUGGUGGACAUCGUGCAAGGCCGAGACACUCUCUAUCACGUCAUGUACAUCGGCACUGAAUACGGCACCAUCCUGAAGGCUCUCUCCACAACCAAUAAAAGCCUUCAUGGCUGCUACCUGGAGGAGCUCAGGAUCCUUCCUGAAGGGAAACUGGGACCAAUCAAGAGUCUGCAAAUCCUCCACAAUGACAGAUCGUUGUUUGUGGGGCUUGAUGACAGAUUGGUGAAGAUCCCAUUAGAGCGCUGCUCCAGCUAUCCGACCGAACGUUAUUGCAUGGAGGCUCGGGACCCUUACUGUGGCUGGGAUCACAAACAGAACCGCUGCACCACUUUUGAGGAGAGCUCCAACAUGAACCAGUGGACCCAAAACAUCACCGAAUGCCCAGUGAGGAACCUGACACAGGAUGGUGGAUUUGGUCCGUGGGCACCAUGGCAACCUUGUAACCACGAUGACGGCGAGGGAUCCAUCAGCAGCUGUGUGUGUCGGUCCCGAUCAUGCAACGGACCAAUAGCCAGAUGCGGAGGAGUCGAAUGCAAAGGCCCGACCAUCCAGGUGGCAAACUGUUCCAGAAAUGGCGGCUGGACGCCGUGGUCUUCAUGGGGUCAGUGUAGCAGCAGUUGCGGUAUCGGCUUUGAAGUGAGGCAGCGGUCCUGCAACAACCCCGCGCCUCGGCAUGGAGGUCGAAUCUGCGUUGGGCAGGGUCGAGAAGAGAGGCUGUGCAAUGAGAAAAAGCCAUGUCCCCUGCCAGUGUCGUGGACGGCGUGGGGCCCCUGGGCUCACUGCAGUGCUGAAUGUGGAGGCGGGGUCCACUCCAGGACCAGAACCUGUGAGAAUGGAAACAGCUGUCCCGGAUGUGCGACGGAGUAUAAGGCCUGUAAUCUUGAGGCUUGCCCUGAGGUUCGCCGCAACACCCCCUGGACCGCCUGGAUGCCUGUCAACGUCAGCCAAGACGGGUCUCGGCAGGAGCAGAGGUUCAGGUACACCUGCCGGGCGCUGCUGCAUGACCCCCAGCAGCUCCAGCUGGGCAAGAAGAAGGUGGAGACCCGAUUCUGCCCCAAUGACGGGUCAGGAGCUUGCCAAACCGACUCUCUGGUUGAAGAUUUAGUGAAGACCAGCGGCCGAACUCAGCCUCAAGGUGCUCGGUGGGGAUCCUGGGAAACGUGGUCCAGCUGCUCCCAGCAGUGUUCCAGAGGCUUCCGAACCCGGAAACGUAGCUGCUCAACGGCAGAGGGAAGGACCAACCCCAGCGCCUGUGUGGGAUCCCCGGUGGAGUAUCAGGACUGCAACAUUCAGCCCUGCCCAGUGAGUGGAGCCUGGUCUUGCUGGUCUUCCUGGUCCCAGUGCUCAUCCAGCUGUGGAGGCGGGCAUUACCAGCGGACUCGGACAUGCAGCAGCCCACCACCUGCAAAUGGAGGAGACAUCUGUAUAGGCCUGCACACCGAAGAGGCCCUUUGUAAUACACAUACCUGUGAAGGUUGGGGUGAAUGGACGGACUGGGGGGGUUGUGAUGAGGAGGGUCUGCAGCAUCGCGCUCGUCGCUGUGGGGAGGACGCAGAAACGGACGCCGGCCUCUGCCAGGGCAACCUCACCCAGUCCAGGCCCUGUCAGCCUCACGAGGUGCCAGUAAUUUUACCUGGACAGGAGGAACAGAGCUGUGGAACCUUUACCUUGUUCCAGCUGGUAGCAGUGGGCUCAGCCAGCUUCUUCGCUGCAGCGCUCCUGUCAGCACUGGGCUGGACUUACUGCCACCACCUCAACCGACCGUCAGCAGAGUCAGCCGUCAUCCACCCCAGCACGCCCAACCACCUCACCUACAACAAGCAGGGCAACGCCACGCCAAAGAACGAGAAAUACAUCCCCAUGGAGUUUAAGACGCUAAACAAGAACAAUCUCCAUGUUAACGACGAGACGUGCAACCACUUCCCCUCCCCGCUGCCCUCCAGCCACAUGUUCACCACCACCUACUACCCUCCCAGUCUGAGCAAGUACGACUUCCACGCCGACUCACCCUGCAGGACCUACAUGCACAGCUGAGAAGAGGCCAGGCUCCAGCAACAUAAAGCACCUCCAUGAAAGGUUUCCUUGUUCAAGAAAAUGGAACAAAAAUUUGAAUAAUAUUUAAAUCCCAGUCAUUAAGGGUCAGUGCACCUAAAUUCUGCUCUUGUCACCCAGAUAGUUUGAUUUUAUUUGCUUAGGCUAUCUGAACAAAACUAAAAAUUACAUUUAAAAGAGGCAGCUGCAGCAUCUUUCUUGAAAAACAGCAUUUUCUUUACUCUGCAGAAUCCACCGAUGUCACUGCAAGCAGGUUAAAAAGAACUGUUUAUAUGUGGAGCAACUCAAAGCAGCAUUAUUGGCUCUUAAAUACAAAAUGUGCAGUUUCUCAUUACUGAGUUGCUACAAGAUGCACCAGAUUUAGAGCAUGGCCUGCUGCACCGGCAUGUGAAAUUUCUGCCAAAAUGUGCACCCGUCUGUGCAUCAUGUCCUGUGGUCUUUGCAGGAUUUGUUCCUUUAGCUGUGAAGAAAAUGGUCAUCAGCCUACUUCUUCACAUUGGCUGAGUGCAGACUGCACAGUGUCUGGUUGUGUAAUAUUCUGCAGGAUAAGGCAUUCAUUUAUCGUGAAUUAUAAUUCCCAUUCCGAAUGAAGAAAGCGCAUAUUUAUAGACAUUAGAGGUAAUGUGACGCCAUCUUGCGUGUAAUUUUAAUCUGUUGCAGCCCCCGCAACUCUCUCAGGAUUAAUUAGGUAUAGCUAAUGGAGGGAGUGGAUGGAAUCCUCCCACUAAAUCUGGAAUACUAGUUGUUUCCUCCCAUUCUUCAAAGUGCAGUUGCUUGUUUUGUUUGAGGCAGAAGAAAAAGAAGAAGUGUUGGUUUACAGGUCAUACAAACCUUGAGCCAAUCAUCAUCGAGGACCUGCGUAGUCAGAUCGACUGCAGAUUUUGGGACACGUCUUUGUGAAAGCUCCAGUGCAGAAACUCAUGAACCAACAGAAGAGUGCAGCAGUCUUAACCUCCACAAGGUUGUUCUCUGUACCUAAAGGAGUCCCCUUCCUCUUAUGUCACUCACCCUGAGGAGCUUCAUUUGUGGUCAGUGUGAGAGCAGCUCCAGGGUUGAGCUGGACUGCAGACGUUGUAUGUAUCUGGAUCUGCUGGACUUUGAACUUUAUGGAUUUUUGGCCGGUAAGUUCAGAAGACUCAGAAAUGCUGUAGACUGUUCUUGAAAAGUUACAGCUGCCAUCAGCGAUGAAGACUGAUGUCUCUGAUUAAAAGCAGACAAAUGAAGUGACACACAGUGAGAAACAUCGUCCCAAUGGAUGAAACAGAACAGAGACUUGCAGAUUUCUGGCAUUUUUGCUUUAAUUUUCACACUUAGAAAAUGGAAAACUACACUGAAGAGGACACCUCACUCUGUACUGUACAUUGUUAAAGAUGCACGUUUGCUGACUUUUCUGUCGGCAGAUUAUAUUAAUUAUUUUAGCGUUGUCGUUCACAGAUGUCACUGCUUGCAUUGGUAUCUCUUUUUGCUGAAACUACAUGAUUAAAUUGUGUAAACAUAUGGGGCAUUGACACAUAUUUUCUGAGUGUAAAGGCAUUAAGGUUGUUAUUCAGAAAUCACCAAAUAUACACAGCUAUACCUGAAUUUAUGUCAACAGAGACUGAACAAUUCAUUAGUCAGAAAUAGUUGUUUCGAAUGAAUCCACUAGAGCUGCAACGUUUAAUUGAUUUGUCAUCCGCUGUUAAAUUAAUUGGCAGCUAUUUUGAUAAGUUAAUCCCAUUAAAUUAUUUUUUGUAAGGUAAAAAAAUUCUAAAUCUUCAUUUUCCGGUGUGUUACAUUUCAAUAUUUCCUCAUAUCACUACUCCUCUAGUAACAACAAAUUAAAGAUCUUCGGGUUGCGAACAAAAUACAUGUGAAGACGUCAUCUUGUGCUUUUGGAAACACAUUUGGCUUCACUUUUUUUUUCUUUUUUUUUUUUUUUACCAUUUUCUGACAUUUUAUAUACCAACUAACUGAUUAAUCUGGAGCAUAAUCAACAGAUUAUUGGACAGUGAAUCUACACUUUAAACUGCAGUGUUUUGCAGCAAAAAGCGAACUUUGACAAAACAACAUCUGUAACUGUGAUGUAUUGCUCAAGCAGGUUUCAGAAAUACUUUUGUAAGACUCUUAUGAAGCGUGUCGUCGACUGUAGCUGCGUUUUAUGUCUGAACUGUGAAAUAUGAAGUGAAAGUGGAAAACGCUUCAGUUUAUUCUCACAGUCCAAAAACAUGCAGUUUACAUGAGCCAGUUACUCUAAAUUAUGUGUGAAUAUUGUCUGUCUUUAUGUGCCGUCCUCUGGAUGGGCUGUCAGAUUACCAGGAUAACAUUACAGGUGCUUCUACGUGCUUCACACAAACUUGUGUGUGCUACAUGCUAUAUGCUCAUUUUGUAAUUUUUUGAACAGUUUUCUAAUACAAUUGCUGGUGAAAUUUGGUUAAAACAAAUGCAAUGGCAGUGUUUUUGUUAGAGUUGCUCAAUUUAAAGGCAGUGAAUCAGUUUCCCUUUAGUAUAGGAAACUUUAUACAGCAUGUUGACUGUUUUUGCAUGUUCUAUCUGAAAGGCAGUGAAUUGGAAUAGAAGAGCUAGCAUGCUGCUUUUAUUUCCCCUUAAUUUGAUGCCAAAUUCUGUUGUUUUUCACUGGAAAAUAAUAGUAUUGCUAAAAUAAAGCAUUAGCCCAAGUUGUACUACUGAAAAGCCCAACAUAGCAGGCUGUUAAAGAGAGAUUUGAACAUCUUGUUGACUUUUAUCGAUGCCACCAAACAGACACUACACACUCCUCCCGCUAAGUCCACUUAGUUUUAGUGGGGCUGCAUUAUUUCUCUGCAAACAAAAAUAUUCACAUAAAAAAUCUACACAUCCUAAUGUUCAGCAGCUUCUUACAUUCCAGGAUGACGGUGUUCAUAUUUAACUGUAAAUUGCAUAUCUUUUGUUUCUAAGUUGUAAAUACCACACCAUUUUUCUAUGUUAUGUAGCAUGAAGCGAACAGCUCUGAUAACAGUAUGUGUUUAUGCAGUGCAUCUGGGUGCUUGCAUACAAGUAACUGCACGGACACUCUUUCAUGAAUUUACAGUCCAUGUGUGUGUAAAACUGUACAUAUAUGUUUGUAUGCAUUUGCCCUAGAAAAUGGAACUCGGUGGAAUAUCUCAUUCCCUGUGUGUGUAGCAGGAAGAAGUUGUGUUUUAUUGUAUGUAAAAGCCUCCUUGUUGUGAAAUCUGACACACAUCAGAUACAGUAUAUCUUCACAGUUUGUCCAAGGAUCCCUACAUGGAUAUUUUUUCUCCCAAAAAAACACUUCUGCUUAAUAUGAUUGAUGUGAAUUUGACUUAACACUGCCUUUUGGACACUGUGAACUUUUGGUACUCUAUAUUUUUGUAAAAUGUACACUGUAAAAAAAACAAACAAAAAAAAACACGAUGAAUAAAUUUUGGUGCAAAUAAUAAAAGAUGAAACAUAU